AUGGAAAUUGAUAGACUUCUGGAAAUUGGGGCGAUUAUUCGAGAAGAGCCUAUUGAGGAUCAAUUUUUAUCUCCUUUCUUUCUGGUUCCCAAAUCAGAUGGUAAACAGAGAUUUAUUUUAAAUUUGAAAGGAUUGAAUCUUUUAAUUCAAACUGAGCAUUUUAAGCUCGAGGAUUUGAGGUCUGCGUGUAACCUUUUGGAGCUGGACUGGUUCAUGGGUACGAUUGAUCUCAAAGAUGCAUAUUUUUUAGUUCCUGUAUGGCAGAGCCAUAGAAAAUUCUUAAGGUUUAUUUUUAAGGAACAGAUUUUUGAAUUUGUUUGUUUGCCUUUUGGUUUGAGUUCAAGUUCGCAUGUUUUCACUAAACUUAUGAAACCAGUGAUUAGUUUUCUUCGUUUAAGAGGUUUUUAUUCAGUUUUAUAUCUUGAUGAUUUUCUUUGUCUCGGAAGUACCUUUGAAGAAUGCGCUGAGAAUCUCAGAGUGACCAUUGAUCUUCUAGAGCGUCUGGGCUUUAUUGUUAACAGGAAAAAAUCAAUGUUAACACCUGAUUGGCGGUGCAGAUAUUUAGGUUUUAUUUUGGAUUCCCAUUCAAUGAUGGUGGAGCUGCCAGAGGAUAAAAGGAAAGCUUUGUUAGAUCAAAUUAAUAUUUUUCAGCAUAAAAAAGAGGUUAAAAUUCGUGAUUUUGCAAAAUUAUUGGGGUCUUUAGUGGCCUGUUGCCAAGCAGUGGAAUAUAGUUUAUUGCACUGUCGAUUAUUUGAGCGAGCAAAAAUAACAGCUUUAAAUAACAGUGGCGGAUAUUUUGAUGCAGUUAUGAAGUUACCUGGCAUGAUCCAAGAAGAUUGGAUUUGGUGGAAAAAAGCUUUGUUAAAUCCUUGUAGAAAAAUUAGAAAAAAUAUUUAUGAUCGAAUAAUUUUUUCGGAUGCUUCCUUAUCAGGUUGGGGUGCCUUUUGUGAUAAGAAAGGAGCACAUGGUUUGUGGAAUCAGGAAGAAAGAGCUCUACAUAUUAACCAUUUGGAAUUAAAGGCAGCUUUAUUAGCUUUAAAGUGUUUUGCGUCAGAUUUGCGUGAUUUGGAGAUUUUACUAAGAGUUGACAAUACCACUACUAUGGCUUAUAUUAAUCGUAUGGGCGGUGUUAGAUACGCUGGCUUACAUAAACUGGCUCAAGAAUUUUGGAAUUGGUGUGAAGAACGUCGACUAUGGGUACACGCAUCCUAUAUCCCUUCGGAGGAUAAUAUUGAAGCAGAUCGGUGUUCUAGGAUUGAUAAUUUUGAUACGGAGUGGGAGCUUGCGAAUUAUGCGUUUGACAUGGUAGUAAGGAAUUUUGGGAAUUUAGAAAUUGAUUUAUUUGCAUCUAGAAUUAAUUCGAAAUAUCCUGUCUAUUGUUCCUGGAAAAGAGAUCCUAAUGCGUGGGCUUUUGAUGCUUUUACUAUUUCUUGGAGUAAAUGGUUCUUUUAUGCCUUUCCUCCUUUUUCAAUGGUGGCAAAGGUUAUCAGAAAAAUUAAAAAAGAUAAAGCUAAGGGUGUUUUGAUAUUACCUUAUUGGCCAACGCAGAAUUGGUUUCCAGCCUUUCAAAGAUUGGCGGAUAGUGAUUGGGUUUGGCUAGAAGCAAGUACUAAUUUGCUUGUGUCUCCUUGUAGAUCGCGUCAACAUCCUCUAGCAUCAAAGCUUACCCUGGUUGCCGCCAGGCUAUCAGCGAAGCGCUCAUAA